CAACCGUGCUAAGCUCCUGACUUCUUCGUUGCACUGACCCAGCGACCCAUCUUCACUGGCGCUUGCCUCCAAUUUGUCCAUCGUCUUCGCGGGUCUUGCUCGGACUCUGCACUGACUUAAAUCUUCAUUAGGUCCCAUAUCUUAAAGGGGAAGCGUCCUACAUAACGAGCUCGUCAACGCCUUGUAGUUUUACCUGUAGAGCAAGUGCCCACGUUACCCACGGCUUGUGUUAGGAGCUGUACAAUGUUGGAAGCAUUGAAAGAGUUUCAGCUCCAGCGCUUUGCUGACUUGAGUGCCCUCAGCAUGAUUGCGCAGCAAGCAUGGGAAGACAAGGCCAUGCCGCCCCUGGAUUCCGUGCCCCAGUCAGUACUGUACACAGCGAUUGGAGCCAUCCUUGUGGCACAGCUGACGCUGAUUUUGAUGUCCAAGACCGGCCGGCGCAUCAUUUUUACGACGGUCGACACGGUGCUGGCUGUUGUGCUCGUCGCCAUCCUGUUGACGACCAUCCUCAGCCUGCCCAUUGGUGCUGUGUACAUCGGUGUCCGGGGCAGUAUGCUCAUGGCCAAGUCGCUCGCUGACAACUUCCCCGCUCUUGCCGUGGUGCUUCGGCCGCUGCUUGCGGCGCUGGGACAGCGGGCUGGGGGUGCUGCCGCGGCGGCUGCAGCGGCUGGUGCAGACGCGGUGGCAGCAGCACGGUGACUUUGCAUGCUAAGCAUGAUGAGCCUGUGGUGCCGAACAUUAGAGAGACUGCGUAGGGUGCCGAAAGAUUCUAGUUGGUGCCUAUUCACGUGUCAUUACUGGCCCCGAAAGCGUGCAGUGGAGGGAAUCAGCGGGCUUGCCUUAAGCGAGGCUCUGUGAUCUGGGUUUCUAUAUUAUCGGAUCCGGUUAUUGUUUGGCUGCCCAGUCGCGGUACUAGCUGGCGGCUGACAUGAGGGCUAUGCAAGCAAGAUGUGGUUACGGACUUCUGGUUACGGACAACAGGCAGUGUUGAUAGGUAUGCUGCGGUUGAUACCGCGGUUGCCGUACUGGAAUGCUGUUGGGGGUGUGCGGUUCGGAGGGCAGCGUUGUGUCCUGGCGUCUUGAAUCCAGAACCGGUAUCUUCGGUCAUUAUGUGCGAGUGAGUGUUCAUUGCUCAACUGCGUAUCACCUUCUAGGGUUUCUAUCAGUUGCACCUGGGCUUGUUCCAGUCACCCUGAGCACUUGUGCUCCUUCCCCGCCUUGACUGCGUGUUAUUAUGAUUGCGAGUGGUGUGGUCAAGAUUGGUUAAGCGAGAAGUGUCCUUGACUGCGGCUGCCAUCAAGAGUUCACUGACCAAGUAGAGAGGAAGAGAGGCGAACCCAGAAACCUUGAGCUGUGGUGCGGCAGUUUUACAUGCCGUAGGAGCCAUGCGUGCCAUUUCUGUACGACACCCAACCGACACUGUGGUUUGUUGCUCCUGUAUGGCCGGCUAUGGCAGCAGCCACUGCUGGUACGUCCAUACUGCUCACAGCUGCAGUGCUCGCCCACUCGGACUAGGCCGGGCCGGAGACUUUCUUAUGUUAUUCUUUUGCAGGCGCGAAUAAAGAUGUGUAGUGUGUUACUGCGUGUCAUCUAGUUCACCACAUACACGUGCUGUUGUCCUAACGCCUUUCUGUUGCCUACUUCUGAACUUGGUAUGUUAUUAGAGGCAGUGUAAUGAUGUCUUUGUUUUGGGUGACUGGAUAAGUUGCCAGGCGGAGUACGGAUAGCCGUUAUAGGACAUGCUUGCUGGACUCUUGAGGGUACGUGGCUCUACGUGCAGGGCGGGGCCGAACAAGAAUACAACUGGGACC